CGAGGCAGGCUGGCGGCGAGCGGAACCGGAGCCCCAGCCUCGCCAUGGGGCAUAACGCGAGCUGGAUCUCCCGGAACGCCAGCGAGCCGCGCAACACGUCGGGCGCCGAGGCGGCGAGCGCGAACCGCAGCGCGCUCGGGGAGUUCGGUGAGGCUCAGCUGUACCGCCAGUUCACCACCACUGUGCAGAUCGUCAUCUUCAUAGGCUCGCUGCUCGGAAACUUCAUGGUGUUAUGGUCAACUUGCCGCACAACAGUGUUCAAAUCUGUCACCAACAGGUUCAUUAAAAACCUGGCCUGCUCGGGGAUCUGUGCCAGCCUGGUCUGCGUGCCCUUUGACAUCGUCCUCAGCACCAGUCCUCACUGUUGCUGGUGGAUCUACACCAUGCUCUUCUGCAAGGUCGUCAAGUUUUUGCACAAAGUGUUCUGCUCUGUGACUAUCCUCAGCUUCCCUGCCAUUGCUUUGGACAGGUACUACUCUGUCCUCUAUCCACUGGAGAGAAAAAUAUCUGAUGCCAAGUCCCGGGAACUGGUGAUGUACAUCUGGGCCCAUGCAAUUGUGGCCAGUGUCCCUGUGUUUGCAGUGACCAAUGUGGCUGAUAUCUAUGCCAUGUCCACAUGCACAGAAGUCUGGAGCAACUCCUUGGGCCACAUCGUGUAUGUUCUAAUCUAUAACAUCACUACGGUCAUUGUGCCUGUGGCUGUGGUGUUUCUCUUCCUGAUCCUGAUCCGACGGGCCCUGAGUGCCAGCCAAAAGAAGAAGGUCAUCAUAGCAGCGCUUCGGACCCCGCAGAACACUGUCUCCAUCCCCUAUGCCUCCCAGCGGGAGGCUGAGCUACAUGCCACCCUGCUCUCCAUGGUGAUGGUCUUCAUCCUGUGCAGUGUGCCCUACGCCACCCUGGUUGUUUACCAGACUGUGCUCAACAUCCCUGACACUUCUGUCUUCUUGCUGCUCACUGCCAUUUGGUUGCCCAAGGUCUCUCUGCUGGCAAACCCUGUGCUUUUCCUAACUGUGAACAAAUCAGUCCGCAAGUGCUUGAUAGGGACCCUGGUGCAGCUGCACCACAAGUACAGCCGCCGGAAUGUGGUAAGUACUGGGAGUGGGGUGACUGAUACCAGCCUGGAACCCAGUGUGCGCUCAGGCAGCCAGCUCCUAGAGAUGUUCCACAUUGGGCAGCAGCAGAUCUUUAAGCCCACAGAGGAUGAGGAAGAGAGUGAAGCCAAGUACCUCGGCUCGGUUGACUUCCAGGCCAAAGAAGGCACCUGCCUGGAGGGACAACAGGGACCACAGUUUGCACGCCCCACGCCACCCCCAGGCGCAGUAGAUUCUGUAUCCCAGGUGGCACCAGCAGCCCCUGUGGAGCCUGAGACAUUCCCUGACAAGUAUUCGCUGCAGUUUGGCUUUGGGCCUUUUGAGUUGCCUCCUCAGUGGCUGUCAGAGACCCGAAACAGCAAGAAGAGGCUGCUUCCCCCCUUGGGCAAUACCCCAGAAGAGCUGAUCCAGACAAAGAUGCCCAAGGCAAGCAGGGUAGAACGGAAGAUGAGCAGAAACAACAAAGUGAGCAUUUUUCCAAAGGUGGAUUCCUAGCAAGGAUUGUAAAUCCCUGGAAGUAACAGAGAACUUCUACAUUCCUGCCCUUCCUUCACUGUGACCAUGAGUUCUGAGAUCUCAUUGCAACCCACUGUAGGGUGAUUCCUUCUGUAUAGGCCAAAUGCUUUUGAAUGAAAGGGAAAUCUAUAUAAAAUCAAAAUGUCUAUUUAUUGAAGGAGUAGACAUAUUUGUCUCAGUGAUCCAUGUGCUCAGUAAAGUCUACAUUCCUCUCUAUGGGAUGAAAGUUAGGCAGAUUGGAACAAGUCUUGGGUGAGUGCUCCAUGUGGGGAGUUCUCAUUUUCCUGGGCUCAGAAGAGAACACACAUAGAGGAAUUCCACAAGUUCAGAGGGAGCAGAAACACUAAGGGAA